ACAGACGAAGCCAUAUUUUUUUUGUCUCGCUAAGCUAGUCAUACGCACAAGAACUUGAAAUAUGUGCAUUACCAUUUGAUAGAGAGCUGCAUAAUUUGUCACUUUCGUUGGUUAAGAGUUACUGCCGUAAGAGUCUGAAAUUUAAUUGGAAUUGAACACAAAGAAAGCACAAACGAAACUUUGUUAUGGAUCCAAGUGCAACUGAAAACUCUUGAUUGAACUGAGUCUGCGCAGUAAACUUUGUAAACGAAAAGUUUUGCGAACGUAGGUCAUUUCAGUCAAUGUGUACAGAACUUCCACCACGAGGAACCGCAAUAGUAGACAUAUUUACGUCGUUUUUGUACGGGAUUUAUCAUUUGAAGAUCAUAGGAGCUGAUCUGCGAUGAGUUCUGAUGCUACCAAUCCCCGAAGCGUACCCUUCGAUCAGCCACCAACAGCCCCCUCAGGAGGAAACGAACAUCACAGGUUGUUGAGAGGUGCAAAGACAGUAAAUCACCAUUGAGGAAUGGUUCACCCGUGAAAAACUCAUCUGCAAUGAAGAACCUGUUAGCCGAGAAUGGUAAUCUGAUUUCCAGUGCAGUGAAUAGCUCGAGAGUGAAGGGGAAAGCAGAGAGAUCUGAUUCACCAGUCUGUGACGGAGGCGCAGGAGACAUGGUCAGGGAAUCAGCAGAUGGGGAGGAGCGUCGUCUGAGAAGCAGCGCUAAAGGACUUCCAGUGGAGCCUGCACCUGAUAUACAAAGCAGCUGUACGACGCGUGGUUGUGACGGGUCAGGGCAUAGUGGAGGGAAAUAUACGAGACAUAGAAGUGCAAACAGGUGUCCGAUCGCAGCCAAGAAGAAAAAGGCAGAGCCCGAGCUUCCACCACCGGAGCCAGAGCCCAACAAAAGGAUGAAGAGGUUGUCAAGGAAGCGAGGUGCCCCGCCCAGUAGCCAGGAGGAGACGGCGACAGCCGCCCCGACUGAGGAAGGCCCCACCAGUGCCAAGGUGCUGGCUCUGAAUCCAGACACAGACGAUGCUAACUCCAUCUCGAGUCAAGACGAGGAUGUGCAAGCAAAGUGUAGCCGGAGAGCGAUAGUCAACCUCCAGAGGUUGAUUGAUAACGUAACGGAAGAGAUCAGACAUGAGAAGGAGCAGGAGGAGGGAGUGGAUGACAAAGAAGGAGGAGGAGGAGGAGGGGGCCAGAAGAGUGAAGAUGUUGUUGCAUCGAAAGAGACAGAGAAAGAUGAGGCGGAGGAUGCAGCGAAAACAAGAGAGGAAGAAGAGGGAGAAGGGGGUGAGGAUGGGGUUGGGGUUGGGGUUGGAGAGAAGGAAGCUGAAGGUAUGGAAGUGGAUGAGGAAGAACAAGAAGAGGAGCAAGAAGUAGAUGCAGCAGUGGAAGAAGAAAGCGGAGUGACAGAAGAGCAGAGUGCUGAAAAGGAAGAGACACAGGAGGAGGAGGAAUGGACUGGUGAACAAGAUAAGAUGGGUUCCAUUGAGGAUACUGAGGAAAGUGUUGUGGAAGAGGAGGAGGAGGAGGAGGAGAAGGAAGACUCCUCUGUUACGGACGCGGAGACGUGUGCUCCUCCUAAGCUCCACAAGGAGCUUGCAUUCCUGAACCAAGAUAUGCCAGUCUUAGAGACGGCUCCCGACCUUGUGGGAAACAACUCUGUACCAUGUGAAGACAGUACCAACGGGAGCGGGGAAGGGAUGAACGGAGGUCAGGGGGAGGGGGAGCGAGAGGUCACCCACGAGGGUGCGGAUGAGGAGGAAAUGUACGGUGAAGCCCCCUCGUUGGUCAUCGAUGAACAGGUGUCAUCAAGAACUUCAUCCAAGUUGGACGAGGAAGACGACAACGGUUUGCCCAUGCACCUGCGAGUUCUCAGUGAACAACUUUCCCAAGAACUUGAAGAGAAUCGGAAGAAACAGACAGUUGGUCCUGUCCCAGCGAGUUCUGUGCAAUCACCCUCACCCGCUGAAACCCCCCAGGAGAGCGUCCCCACCCCAGUAGCCAGUGAAAUUGUAUCAGCUCCCCCAACAGAACAGGAGCAAGAGCAAGAGGAAGAGGAGGAGCUGCCGCUGCCAUCGCCACCGCCACUAAGCAACGUAGGCAUCCCUGAGACGGCCUUCUCACACACAGCAAGCAAUGUGGGCAUCCCGCCGGAGACGGCCUUCUCACACACACCAAGCGACGUGGGUAUCCCAGAGACGGCCUUCUCACACCCAAGCAAUCUUGCCCUAUCUCAGGAUGCCUUGAACAACAUGCUACCGAUCAAGGUGUCCCAGAUCAAACAAGAGGUGGUGGAUCCCAUGGACAGUGACAUGGACAUGGUUCCAGAAGAUCAUCACAUGAUGUCUCGACUGAUAAGUGACUCUCACAGAGCUCCACCCCCUGUCGUCCCGGUUACUGCUGCAUCAACAGCAUUAUCCACUGCCAGCUUGCCAGCGCCACCUGAACUGGGGAAUAUGGAGUGCAGUAAGUGUCCUACGCCUGGAUGUGAUGGGACGGGGCAUGUUACAGGCUUGUACAGCCAUCAUAGAAGUUUAUCUGGUUGCCCUCACAAGGAUAAAAUCCCUCAACAGUUACUCCAAUUACACGAACAUGUACUAAAGUGUCCCACGCCCGGUUGUACUGGCAGAGGGCAUGUCAACAGCAACAGGAACUCACAUCGUAGUCUAUCAGGCUGUCCUAAAGCCGCUGCGGAGAAGCUCUCAAUGAUGACGGGUCCCCCUCCUCCACCGAAAUACCCAGGUGACAACAGAGUCCUUGGGAGACCAAUGUACUUAAAGGAAGUGGACUCUUUAAGCGGGGUAACAACUCUAUCUUCUGCCAACACACCUCGCACUACCCCUAUGGAGAAGGUGAACCCCAAGCCAUUCCCUGUAGAAUCUAUCAUGGCAUUCAACCCUGCAACGGGACAGUUCACAGCAGCCAGCAGCCACAAGCGCAUCGCCCCCAAGGUCAUAUCCGCUGCCGAGCUCCUGCCUCCCAGUAAACGUCCCGCGAUGCCCAACGACGGGACGGUGGACAAUCGGGAGGCGACUCUCGCAGCAGCGGCGAUUAAUCUCUCCUUGAAGUCCCUGCCACCUGGGAUGAUGUCCCACCUGGCGUUCCCGAUGCAGUUCCCGCCUCCGAUGACCCCGCCGAGCUCGGUCCAGCAGCAGCCGUUGGACCUGGUCAAGAUGGAUAGCAACGGCACUUUGGAUCUGAGUAUGAAGUCCACCAAGAUGGACAGUCAACAUCACCAGCCUCCUCUGACGCCGCUCUCUCAUCUCCCUGGCCCUCUCCAGACAAGCACACCCCCGCCGCAAUCCCCUCUCCCUCUCCCCAUGUCCACCCCGUCGAGUUUGGUUCAGCUCUCCAUCCCUCAACCUAUCAUGCCCAAUCCCAUCUACUCCGGAGCCUACUCCUUCCCGCCCAUGUCUCCGCUGGUCCAGACAUCCGCCAACAACAACUCGCCGACGAUCCUCCAGAUCCCGCGGUCUUACGAUCAGGCGGUGGACUUCUCCGCCUCCAAGAAGCCUCAGUAUCCGCUCCUGACCAGCUUCCCGCAUACCCCAUUGAGCGGUUCCCUGGCGUCCCUCACUAGUUCGUUGGCCUCUCUCCCGGGGUCGUUGCCGUGCAAUGUUCCGCUGACCUCAGGCGGAGGCAUCCUGACCCCCAUAGCGCCCAAUGCUGUGGUGUCGACUGGUGGAAGCGUGUCUCUGACUGGCUUUGGCAAAGAAGAACCUUCCUCCAUGAAAAAGCAAAACAAAAUGAGCUUCGUUCCUAAAGCUUUGUUUGAGCCCAGGCGGGAGCCGCUAAGCCCUGUAGCCUUGUCUGGUUGCCCGAUGGCAGAUAAGUCCGCUAUAAUACCCGGAUCCCAGGAAUUAAAUUCUUUUCACGGCUCAUUUAGAGAUCACACCAUUGUUAGCUCAUACAUGUGCCCCACCCCCGGCUGUGACGGCUCCGGUCAUGCCACUGGUAACUACUCCUCUCAUCGGAGUCUGUCAGGGUGUCCUAGAGCCAAGAAGAAGAGCUACACAUCAUCACCCAAGAAAGAAGGAGAGGAAGAAGGAGAUGGUCUCAUCAAAUGCCCCAUCCCAGGCUGCGACGGAUCAGGUCACGUCACUGGCAAGUACGCCUCGCACCGCAGCGCAUCCGGGUGUCCCCGGGCCCUCCGAGCCGGCUACCAGGGACCCAUGCAGACCGCACCCAAGGAAGGCGGCCCAGGGGGGCUCUCCCCCACCAUGAUGCAGAACGGGGCCGGUGGGAUGGCCGUGAUGGGGAACGGGGGCGUGAUGAUGGGCGUGGUCGGUAAUGGUGCCGGUGGUAUGAGUGGUAUCACGGAUGCGGUGUUACCCCUCAAUCUUCUGAAGCCCACCAUGAUGACCACCGAGGAUAGUGGUAUGAUGGCCAUGUCACCGGUGGUCAUGGAGGAACAGGAGGAGCUAGAACCAAUCGGACCAAGCUGUCCGACCCCAACCUGUGAUGGAUCUGGCCAUGUCAACGGCUCCUCCCCAGAUCAUCGUAGCAUCUCAGGCUGCCCACUAGCUGCUCAAGCCAUGAAGAAAGCAAGGCUCAACGGUGAAGACAUCACCUCGCUCUCUCACAAAAAUGUCAAAGGAGUUGAGAAUGAUGAGGAGCUCUGGAACUUGGACAUUGAGAUCAACGAGCUUCAGUCCAGCAACUGCCAGAUGGAGGCUCAGAUGAGACGACUCAAGACACAGAUCACUACCAUGGAGACCAAGCUACGUCAGGCAGAGCAGGAGCAUCGAGCCAUGGAGGAGAAGCACCGCUCUCUCACCGUGCAGCUGGACGGACUACGCAACACCCUCAUCAGGCAUCUCUCGGAUGUCAAGAGUGUGGCCAUGAGCAGUAGUCGCGAGGCCAGCCUGCUUGGUCCGAGCUAUGAGCGUAUGGAACAGUUCCUGGUCAGUCUGAAAGAACUUGACAACGAUGCCAAGGACGCUGUGAUGACCAACGGGGGCUUGUCCGGACGGGAGUCGGCCGCGGCUUCUUCGUUUCAGUCGGCAACGCCGCCUCCUUCGUUAGGCUCGUCGUCACCCCGGCUGGAGUCGGUGGAGAACACGCCUCUCACGCCCCCUCCGCAACCGGUCGACCUGACACCCCCGUCGCUGAGUAAUGGUAUCAUCCAUCAUUCAGAUCAGCCUAUGUCGACACCAGGGGUGGUUCGAACCAAUGUGGUGCCAGUCACAUGAAGGACUUCAUUUAGUAUGACUUGCACUCCCUCAGAAUGUUAUGGGUACUAACACCCCCAUUUGAAGACAGUGGAGUACCUCCAAGAGUUGUGCAUCCAAUGUUGGAACGGGUUCUACCAUUUUUUAUAUGAGUGAGGACACUUCUUGCAAGAGGGGUGAUUUUAUUCCAUGUAUAUACUCUGCCUGUAGACCCCUCUAAGGGGCAUUAUAGGUUAAUUUAUUGAAUGUACUAUUAUAUGCAGCAUUGUAAAUAGUUAAUAGUGUCAGUUAAACUGAAAAUAAUUUGAAAUGCCAUUACCUUGAUCCAGAAACAGGUUCUUAAGAUUUUCUCUUAUUUUAUUUCUUGUUUUGUUUCCCCAAGUAUACGCUCUUCAAAUUGGAAAAACUUUCCUACACUUUAGGGUUAUAGGAAAGGCAUAUUGAUCUUUACGACGUGGAUUGAGCAAAUGAAGGAUCUCUGUUUCCUUCCCAAUGAUUUGACUUGAAGGAUGUUUUAUCGUAAUCAUCUCAAUCUGUAUAGAAAAUGAAAUCAAUUAUCAGCAUUCACAGGAUUUUGUUAAAAACAGCAGGAUGUGCUGAUCAUGUAGCAUGACCUUUCUAAAAAUCAUGACACUUGAAAUAAUUUAGGUUUCAUCAAGGUCAGUUUCAUAAGGGAAUAUUUUGAAAUUUCUCUAAAUAAAUAAAUUCUUGAUAGAAUGAACUAUUCAUGAAUGAAAAUUAAUCUUAGCUCAUUGCCAAAAUGAGCAUGGAAAUUGCUAAUCCCCCCUCUUUCUAUUCCCGAAUAUAUUUGAGCCUUUGUGUGGAAUUAUUGGUAGGUUGGUAGAUUAAUUUAAUUUAAUUUAUGAAUUUUACAUUAAUCUUGAUCUAAGGAGACACGAACGAAAGAGUAGAUUGGAUGGUCAAUUCAACUUGUAAGCUCAAACAUGAGUAUACACACAACAUAACAAUCAGUUAUUUUACUUAUUGUUGCAUGCCAAAUGUUACAGACGAUGAUGAUGAAGAAAUGUCCAUCUACAUCACUUGGUGGACAAUGAGGAGGCGCGAUGGCUCAGUGGUAGAGCAUUGGUCUUGUAACCGUGAGGUCACAGGCUCAAAACCAAGUCAAUACUUGUGCCCUUUGAUAAGGCAUUAAUCCUCAUUACUAAGUCCCUCGGAGAGGACUUUAAGCCGUCGGUCCCCUGGUUGUUACCUUACAAGCGUGUACAUGCUCUCUUUAAUAGCAGUCGGGUAAAACAAUCAUCAUCGUCAUCUCUGUACCUUGAAGUGAACUAAAGUAAAGUCUAGCAAAGAUCACUUUUGUUCUUUGUUCCCGUUGAAAACUAUUUCUCAUUGAAACUUGUGCUAAAGUAAACCUCCACAGGAAGACCACCUGCUUACAAAGACCAUACUCCUUGUCUCACUGGAGCAUUCGUAUACAGGUUUCACUGUACAAAAUGCCGUUUUGAUUUCAGUAUAUUCAAUUUCCUCGCUUCAUUUAAAAGGAGGUGGGGGGGGGGGAUUUUUGUUGUUGAAAAAUUUGAAUGUUAUAAUGCUGAAGCUAACCCAACCCCAUGAAAUAUCACAUAUACUAUCUGUGCUUGUAACAUUGAUAUUAUCUCACUUUCUGUGAGAAAGAUGGAAUCCGAUAGGCUAAGAUAAUAUUGGCUCUAAUUCUGUCAUACGAAGGAAUGCUAUAGUAUGCAACAUAUAGUGUGUAUUUACUGCCAAAUGUUAACAGUUUUCUUUUCAUGGUUUUGUUAGUAACUGAAAGAUAUAUAAUAAUGGUACUACAUUGAUUGCAUCUGUUGUGCAUUGAUGUGCUCUGAAAGUCAUGCUAUAAAAGAUGUUUUCUAGAAACCGUAGUUGAUAACUUGACAAACUGGUCAUAUUAUCAAAGGAAUUCUGUAUUUAUAACCAUUGCACAAUGUUGCUGGGUUUAAAUUAUUGAUUUUCUUACUUUUGGGAAGGUAAGAAAAUAAUGCAUUGUCAAACAGAAAAAUUUGAAAGUACUAUUUCUGUGGAAGACUACUAUUACUCAUGAAUUGUAUAUUUGUUGAAUUGAAACUCUUAGAAUUGACAAAGUACUAGUUUUUACAGAUUAAGAACAACACAUUUUUCUU